AGUAAAAAGCAAUCUUUCUACUUUCUCUCCCUCUCUGCAGCUGAGACAGUCAGAAGGCUGCAGUCCCACACAUCAAUUCAAGAACGGUGGAACUCAAUCGAGAGCCGACGGUCGAAAAACGGUAGUCAACAUGGAGGACGAUAAAUCAAAGGACAAGGAGAAACGAGAUACUUCAGCACCAGAUCAUUCUGAAGAUACGACUCGUGAAGAAUUACAGGAAGAACAUGAGCAAUCUCGCAGCCAAUCCGAAGCCAUUCCUGGUCCUUCAACACCACCACGCACUACAGAAAGAUCACCAGCCCAUGAUGAAUCUGAAAACCAGCCUCAAACUGUUCUUGAGGUUUCAACAGAACCAACUGAUAUAACAACAGGAUUAUUCUCCCAGGAUGAAUUCAGCAGCCUAUUUAAAGUCAUGCUUGUACCUUCAACAUCACCAGAAAACGUAAGAUCAUCACUGCAGUCCCUGAGAAAAUAUUCUCCACAACUGGAAGCCAUUCUUGGGCCAUUAACACCACCAGAAAAUACAACAGAAGCAUCACCAUCCCAGGAACAAUCUACCAGUCAAUUCGAGGCCAUUCCUGAAAUUUCAACUGAACCAGACAGUUUAGGAGCAUCGUCAACUUCACAAGAAGAAUCUGGUAGCCAGCCCAAAGUAAUUCCCGGAACAUCAAGAAAGCCACACAGUAUAGGAACACCAUCGGCCUCCCGGGACGAAUCUAGGAGCCAAACACCUGCUUUUCAUACGCCACUGACACUACCAUUCAAUAUACCAGCGCACUCAGACUUCGAGGGUGUCCCUUUAUUCGUGUCUGAAGACAUUGCUAGGCCUUUGUCAACGCCACUUUCUUUCGACGACUUCUCUCUCAGCCAUGUUGGAGUAACUGGUAGGCCUAUGACAGCACCAUCAGUCUUCGAGGGUUUUCCUGAAGCCACUGCUAGGCCUUUGUCAACGUCACUUUCUUUCGACGACUUUUCUCGCAGCCAUGUUGGAGUAACUGGUAGGCCUAUGACAGCACCAUCAGUCGUCGAGUAUCUCUCUAGCUGCCUAACCGAAAUAAUUCCUGCACUUUUAGAAGAAUCAUUAGCCUCCCAGGAAGGACCUCGCGAAGAGCCUGAAACUACUGCCGGACCUUCAACAUCACCAGAAAGCAUAGCAUCAUCACCGUUGUCCACGGAAGAAUAUUGUAAACAACUGGAAGCCAUUCUUGGGUCUUCAACACCACCAGACAAUACAACAGCAUCACCAUCCCAGGAACAAUCUACCACUCAAUUCGAGGCCAUUCCUGAAAUUUCAACUGAACCAGACAGUUUAGGAGCAUCGUCAACCUCACAAGAAGAAUCUGGUAGCCAGCCCAAAGUAAUUCCCGGAACUUCAACAAAGCCACGCAGUGUAGGAACACCAUCGGCCUCCCGGGACGGAACUAGCAGCCAACCACCUGCUUUUCAUAGGCCAUUGACACCACCAUACGAUAUUUCAGCGCGCUCAGACUUCGAGGGGGUCCCUUUAUUCAUAUCUGAAGAGGCCGUUAGGCCUUUGAUAACACCACUGGUUUUGGACGACGUCUCUCGCAGCCUUAUUGAAGUCCCUGGUAGGCCUAAGACAGCACCAUCAGUCUUCGAGUAUCUCUCUAGCUUAUCCGAAAUAAUUCCUGCACUUUUAGAGGAAUCAUUAACCUCCCAGGAAGGACCUCGCGAAGAGCCUGAAACUACUGCUGGACCUUCAACAGCACCAGACAAUAAAACAUCACCAUCCCAGGAACAAUCUACCAGUCAAUUCGAGGCCGUUCCUGAAAUUUCAACUGAACCAGACAGUUUAGGAGCAUCGUCAACCUCACAAGAAGAAUCUGGUAGCCAGCCCAAAGUAAUUCCCGGAACAUCAAGAAAUCCAUACAGUGUAGGAACACCAUCGGCCUCCCGGGACGAAUCUAGGAGCCAAACACCUGCUUUUCAUACGCCACUGACACUACCAUUCAAUAUACCAGCGCACUCAGACUUCGAGGGUGUCCCUUUAUUCGUGUCUGAAGCCACUGCUAGGCCUUUGUCAACGCCACUUUCUUUCGACGACUUCUCUCUCAGCCAAGUUGAAGUAACUGGUAGGCCUGUGACAGCACCAUCAGUCUUCGAGUAUCUCUCUAGCUCCCCAACCGAAAUAAUUCCUCCACAUUUAGAGGAAUCAUCAGCCUCCCAGGAAGGACCUCGCGAAGAGCCUGAACCUAUUGCUGGACCUUCAACAGCACCAGACAAUACACAAGCAACGACGGCAGCCUCUGAGGAGCAAUUCUCUAGACAACCUCAAGAUAUUCCCGGAUCUUCUAGAGAUUCAGAAAAUGCAGGACCUUCAUGGGCCACCCCAGCUACGAUACCCUUUCUUCCACUCAUAACAAUUUACCACGAAUUGUUCGGAGUCAACCAGAACAUCUCAGUUGCCAUUCCACAAGUGUUGAACUCAUUUCACAAGGCAACUCUGGCAGUUCCAGAACUUGCAAAGAAAAGAGACUGGGUUUCUCAGCAACUUGAAUUAUGCGCUUUGCAACAGACGUACACGGAAGGGAAGCUAAAGGAUUUCUUCUUGGAGCUGCACUACCUGAUCGCGAAGAUCGAGGUAACAAGGGAAAACCUGUUGAAGCCAUUCAAACAAAUGUUGAACAUACUCCAAGCACUGGCCCCUGUGUGUUUUUACGCGCGUGUAAGAGCACUUGAGGUGAUGUCGCGUGACGAACUCCCCACAGGUGCAGUUUACCACCCCCGAAUGGUUAUGGAUCAAUUAAAUGAAACUUGUUUGCUGAUGGAGAUGCUCUUGAAACGGCUACGCUCAGCAAUUAAGAAGCUGGAGGACAAGUGACCACGAAAUAUUCAACGUUCAUCUGUAGGUAGGCCACAUGCAUUUUCUCACAUUUUGUAUCCAGACUAAUAUAAUAUAAGGACCUGAAUACAAACUGUUGAGAAAAAUACUUGAACGUGCAUACGAUGACAUGGACAGCUUGUGACAUAACAUACGGAACACUUGGCAUUGUUAGGACUGAGGAAUUUUAAGAGUAUUCUGUGAAUUGAGUGUGGGAUAAAGAGAAAAUGGGACGUUAAAUGCGUACAGAAUUUUUAUAAGGAAACCACCAGCAAUAGUGUACUUGAAAGACCAACAAGGACAAAGAAUGAUAAGAGAAAGAAUUUUGUGAAGAUGGUAGAUGCAAUUGUAUAAAAAUUAUUUUAACUCUCCAUAAUGAAACAAGAAAAACCGUCUUGAACCUACCUUUAAAGCCGUGGUUCUCUUCGCAUGUGAUAUUAGUCAAACAAAAGCCACCUCUACCGCCUAUUAAACAAUUCUAGAAAAUAAAUUUGUGACUUUCAUAGAAUGCAAAUGCUAAUUUGCCACCAUUUUAUGAAAAAAAAAA